AUGUCCACUACCAGCAUUGACAUUCUCCCACCACCACCAUCAUUGAUAUGUUCUACUCCUACUCCUACUCCUACUCCUACUCCUACUCCUCCUCCUACUACUACUACUACUACUCCUCCUACUACUAUUACUAGUACUACUACUACUCCUACUACUACUACUACUCCUACUAUUACUACUACCAUCAAAUCUGAUCCAUCAACAUUCACAUCUCUACCACAUCCAUUCCAACUCUUCCAUCACUUCCAUUCAAAUUCCACCAACAACACCAUCAAACCCAACUUUCAUCACCACCAUCAAAUGAAACCGCCACCACCCCUAUCAAAAUCCAAAAUUCAAUCACCAUCAACAUUCCUUCAAACUCUUCCACCACCACCAUCAAAAUCCAAAUUCCAAACAGUAUUCAAUUCAAAUCUCCACCAGUAUCAUCAAAAAAAAUGA